GAAAGUGUUCAGUACACUGACAUACUUGUUUUACUCAGCCUUUCAUGUGCUGUGAAAUAUCAGAAGGUAUACCAAAUAAGAGGAAUACGAAUGCACCUAAAACAGUGAAACCAUUGAAGUUCGCAGAGAAGCCAAAGGCUGAAGAAGUAAGGACAAUGGAAAAAAUUGAGAUCUAUUAUUUUGAUCAUGGCAAUUCUGCAUAUUUCCGGACAACUGACUCGCCACCGAUUUUGGCCACGGAAAAGUGUGCGGAGAAGACCGAUCAAGCGGCGACACGGUUCUGGGCUGAAAUAUUUGGGACAAUUCACAUUGGCACCGCGUUUGUCACAGCGUUCAUCCUGCAGCUCAUUCGUUUCGUACUCUAUAGCAUAGUCAGACCACUCACUGUAGGGGUUCUGCAAAUGUUUGCAGACUAUUUCAUAAAGCCCAGUUUGUCGAUUAUAUUUAACGCAAUCAUACAACCGGUCUUAAUAUUACUGUAUAACAUUGCGACGUCUUUGAAGGACCUUUGCGAGCCCAUUGCAGAGGCAAUUGGUUUAUUUUUAAGGGAGAUUGCUAAUUUGUGCGCAGCGAUUAGAAUCGUUGAAGUCAGGCAGAAUAAUUCUCCUUCGGUUGCUUGCACUUGA